GUGUGCGUGCGUGCGCGCGUCUGGCUGGGUGUGACUCCUUCUGAAGGGGAAGUUGUCAGGCUGUCACUCGGGAAUGUACGGGAAGAAAGUGGCGAACCCUCUGCUGAGAUUGAACGAUCACAAAAGCGCAGAGAGAUGGGUCUUGGGGAGUGCCUGAAGUCCCAGGUCCUGUGCCAAGUGCUCAUUAGCUACGUGUUCCUGGCCAGUGGGCUGCUCAUCAACCUGCUACAGCUGUGCACCCUGCCCGUGUGGUGGCUCAACAAGUCGCUGGCCCGCCGCAUCAACUGCAGGCUGGGCUACUGCAUCAGCAGCCAAUCGGUGGCAAUCUUGGACUGGUGGUCUGGGACUGAGUGCACACUGUACACAGACCCCAAGAUGUACCCUUUGUACGGAAACGAGAACGGCAUAGUGGUCCUCAACCAUCAAUUUGAGAUAGACUUCAUGUGUGGAUGGAGCUUCUGUGACAGAUUCGGUGUUCUGGGGAGCGCCAAAGUUUUAGUUAAGAAAGAGUUGGCGUAUGUGCCGGUGAUUGGCUGGAUGUGGUACUUCCUGGAGAUCGUGUUCUGCAAGAGGAAAUGGGAAGAGGACCGCAUCACAGUGUCUCAGAGCCUGCAGAAACUGCGGGAUUACCCAGAAAACUUUUGGUUCUUGCUCUUUUGCGAGGGAACACGCUUCACAGCAAAGAAGCACCAGAUCAGCAUGGAGGUGGCAGAGAAAAAGGGCCUGCCUAAACUCAAACAUCACCUUCUGCCAAGAACCAAAGGAUUCUGGGUAACGAUUCAAAACCUCAGGGGCACAGUGGCGGCCGUGUACGACUCCACAUUGAACUUCAGGAAUAACGAGAGUCCCUCUCUGUCAGGAAUACUCAGCGGGAAGAAAUAUCAUGCCGAUCUAUAUGUCAGGAGAAUCCCCCUAGAGUCCAUCCCAGAGGGAGAGGCUGAGUGUGCAGCAUGGCUCCACAAGCUCUACCAAGAGAAGGACGGCUUCCAGGAGCAGUAUAUCCAGACGGGGCGCUACCCAGGUCCCAUCGUGAGCACCCCAAGGCGUCUCGGGCCUUUGAUCAACUGGCUGUGCUGGUCGGCCCUGGUGCUUUUCCCCCUCGGAGCUUUCCUGGUUUCCCUGCUGAGCUCCGGCUCAACCCUCACCAUCCUGGCCUCGCUGGCCUUCUGCUAUGGAGCCUCGCUGCUAUUCCGAUGGAUGAUUGGCCAGACGGAGAUCAGCAGGAGCUCAGGUUACGGCAAUAAGGUGAACAGCAGCAGCUGAAAAACCACGUCCAAAACGAACAACGAGAAUCCGCCCACUACUACGGACAUGGUGGGGCGAGCAGACAGGCAGACCUGCUGGGCAGACCUAUUCCUGCAAGCUUCCCAGCACGUGGAACCAGAGAAAGAUUUACCCUGGAUAGUUCUCGGGCCGUUGGGUUUGCUUUGGUGAACAAGAAUAAGAAAUGAGCAGGAAAGGUAUGAGCCCAGCUGGGGUCAAGGGUUUUUUUGUUCACAAAAAUAAAGAACGAGAAACACUA